AUGUCGGACAGUACUUCGCUCUCUUCCAGUACUCCCAGAAGGUCUGCUCGCCUCCGCCGAUCCGAGACUCAAGUCGACACAAGUCAUACUGACGCGAUGAGCGGGACUGCCCGCGGGGCUCCUGACGACUUCAAGACAGCCGAUCUUGCGAGCAGUGGCUCUCCUGACAAAACGAAGAUCGAGAGAGGUGCUACCGCUCAUCCAACGCAGUAUCCGCCGAAGUCAGUGCGGACUGGGAUAUCUUCUAACGGAUGUACCCGGCUGGUGUCCCUCUGCGUCGCUGGCAUCGCCUUAUAUAUCCUUUCUCGCUCGGACGUUCAAUGCUACGCUGCUGCCUAUGUAUCCACGCUCAUUCACCCUCUCUACACGAUGCUCAUUGGCAGCGACGCCUACUCGCUCGUCGUUCAGCCUACGCUUCCUGUCAGGCUUUGCACACUCCCUACGGCGACGCUGGUAAUCCCAGCUUGUCGUCGUGUCCCGGAUGGAGUGAGCUCCGUUACCUGGGACGACUACACGGAGCUGGUCGGCAUACAGGGCUCGAUGAUCGCAGGGAUAGCGAAUCAGACUUCGGAGCACCUGGAUGCCGUUGUUCGCCUUCAAGCCGUCAUAUGGAAGCUCCACCGCACCUCCGAUACUCUCCUCGACUCAGUCGAACGUGCAUGGAUGAAGAAUGGGUCAGAACGACUACUCUCUACCAGUCGCAACGUCACGCUGCUAGUCCUCGACCUCGGACAAGAUGUAGCUGCCGUAGCGAGGGGAGCAGAGGACGUCAGCCAGGCCGCGUUCUCCGCAAUGAAUCGCAUCCAAGCUGCCGCAUCCUCUUAUACUGGUCGUGUACUUUAUCCGGCGCCACGAUGGCUCGUUGCUCAGCUGUUCCAGGCCGUCCGAGAUGGCAUUCGAUCAUCGCUUUCCCCGUUGUCCAUGCAAACGUUCAUUGCGACACAGACUCUCCUUGCGCUGUCCAGCGACCUCGUUCACCUCGAACAGUACACGAUGGGUCAUUGUUGGCCCCGACCCCUCGGCAGAGCAGGUCUGCGCAAGGUUUUGCACCCUAACAGCCCCGACGAUGCUCGCUGCCGCGAUCUGUUGCUUGGGCUCGACUUGGCGCGGUUUGACAUCGAUGCGCUUCACUCCUCGACGCGCGCGAUAUUCGCGAUUCUCGACGAGAGCGAGCGCCGACUGGCCGAUCUGGAGAAGAAGGCGGAAACACGGAUGGAGGUAGCACCGGAUUUCCAGUACGCCGGUCGUCACCUUGCUGAACUCAUGUAUCACAUGGGGCGCAUGCGCUCGGUGAAGUGGGAUGCCGCGGUGGCACAGUUGUUCAGGGCGCUGGUUGAGCUCCGUAGGACGCUCCCAGUCAUUAUACAACAAUUCACAAUCCCAACGUACAAAUCGCCACUUUCCCAUACACUCUCUCCUCAAUCCACCAUGUUUUCACCCUUUUGGAAUGACCGAGACUCCGACAGGGUGGCUGCGCGCGUCGUCCGCCGGCCAGGAGGCACAACAUUGCCGAAACAACGUGGGGCCAGCGGGAAAUUUCCCCGUGGAUCGCCAAACGCUGACGACAAGCGGCUCAUUUUCGUAGCCGUCUUCUCCGCUAUGUUGCUUCUGAGGAAACGUGGUAGGGCACAUCUCGGUACAACAUCACGGUGUGAAGUGCGAGCUUCUGCCAAUUCGCCGUUCAUAAAUUCACGCUAUUUCAGGCAUCUGGAAGUCGUGUCUUCCCACUUUGUUCCGACAGCAGCACUACUCGUAAGCUCCCUGAACCUCGACUUGACGGUAGCGGCAAUGGAUCCGGACGUGAAGGCGUCGGUGGUCCCACGCAAAUUUCGCAUCUUGCUAGCCGCAGAAGUCGAAGACCUCGACCUCGACGGCGCUGAGUCUGCGUUGCCACACAAGGGAGAUCCGUGUCCGUCCAAACAAGUGUUUGCGCAACUUCCGUCUGGUCGAUUAUCUGGCACAUUGACGCUACAAGAUGUCAUCGUCGGCCGUGGUAGCGACCUGGAAGACUUCUUCAAGUACGUGAUCCUCGGGAGCGACACUAGGAUUGUCGCAUUCCAGAUCCUUCGAACGAUCAAAUGGACGACUGGAGGCAGAUGGUAUUAUGCCCAAUUCAAGACAGAUUCGGCAUUCUACGACUGUCUUGCCUCCUUCUCUGAAGUCUCCGCCCGACAGGGCAUAGAGCAACUCGUCGACCAUGAGGAAAUCAAGGUCUUGGAGGGUGCUCUUGACCGGCUGCCUCUAUCCUCAACCGCUGCAAAAAGUCACGAUGCUCUCACGUUGCAUCAUAGCAGCGAGGACGUUACCCGGGGCCUCGUCAUUUUUCCCGACCAGAAUGCAGCAGCGUAUGCCGCGCCCGCCCUGGCCGGGAUCGUGCUAGCAUCAGAGCUGAGGAGGAGCAAGUCCACGCCCGGCGAGCGCUCCGGCAGUUUAGGGCAAGCACCAGUCACACUUAACACGAGUGCAGCGCCCCCGCCGUCAAACGUCCCGCGGGCACGUCUUCGACUACGCCCAUCCUCACCGUCUGCACACGAACAUGUCCGAGUCGCCGCCAAGCAGCGUGCCACUUCACACACCUCCGCCUUCGAACAGGUCGUCAACACACGGACAAUCUGCCAAGACCUUCCGCGACGACUCCCAGAGCAUGCGCGAACGCGCCUGCUUACCCGUGACGAGCCCCCGAGGCAGAGGAUGCUCACGCCCACAGCAGCCAUGCACGCGAAGACACCGGACGUGAAGACGCGGAAUAAUAUAUCAGGCAUCAUCGCGGGGAAACGGAAGGGAAACAUCGCGUUUGGCACGCCCCCCAGCUCCAACGCGCCCGGCCCAGCCGCAGCGCCCCCCAGCUCUACCCACAUCUACGAGGCGGCAUCCCGAAGCGGAAGGCGCACCUUUCGGAGGGCGAGCAAGAAGUUGAGCCUGCCCAUGGUGGAGGGCAGCCCGGUGUUGAAGGGAGGUGGCGCGGAGAGCAGCGGUGCGGGUGAUGUGGAAGAAGCUAUCAACAAGGUAGGCACGUCAAUCAUCCCGCAGGCGGUCGAUCGGCAGCAGGACGCAGACAAAUCGGUGUAUGCGGAAGCGUCAGAGACUGGCGAAGACUCUUCCAUGCCGGCCCCGCCUCCCAAGACGGGCACAGACAAGCCUCCCGCACCAGAGAACGCGAAUGCGUCUGCAGCGAGUCCCGACCUUCAAGCGCAAUCCCACCCGGCGAGCCUCGCUCCGAGUCGCCCUGCAGCUCGUCCACGAAGCACACUCUUCCCAGCCGCCGCAGACCCCAUCGCAACUCGCGUCCUCCAGCAAGAAACAGGGCAACCUAUCGACAGCCUCGCCUACGCUCGCGAAGCGCCAUGCGCCCGCGAUGGCAGCCUCCCGCGCACCGCCGACGGCGGUCGACCGCUUCGAGCCUCUGACGAGCACGCCGAGCGUGCUGAAGCGUUUGAUGUUGGGUGCGCACGUCUCAUGAUCAGGGGAACGGAAGUGGGAAUGGGACGCCGAGUAAGAUGA